AUGACAGACAGCCCGAUCCCGGCCCCGCCACCGGCCGCCAAGCCCAAGCGGGUCAGGGUGGCGCGACGGCCGGCGGCCCACCCCACCUACUCCGAUAUGAUCGCAGCGGCCAUCCGGGCCGAGAAGAGCCGCCGCGGCUCCUCGCGUCAGGCCAUCCGCCACUACAAGGUGGGCCGGAACGCUGACACCCAGAUCAGGCUCGCCAUUCGUCGCCUGCUUGCCACCGGCAUCCUGAAACAGACUAAAGGAGUCGGCGCGUCCGGCUCCUUCCGCUUGGCCAAGGCCAUCAAGGCAAAGAAAUCCCCAGCCAGAAAGAGGAAGAAGACGGCCAGGAGAUCCACAUCACCUAAAAGACAGAAAAGGGCCAAGAAGGCCAAGAAGCUCAGGAGAGCAAGUAAGAAGUCGAGGGCCAGCCCGAAGAAAGGGAAAAAGCCAAAGACUGUUAGGGCCAAGUCGCUGAAGACGCCCAAGAAGGCAAAGCGUUCA